AUGGCGCGAGGACCGGCAACACACGUACAAGAAGGGCCUUGUAUUCACGUGACGCGUAACACGCCAGGACGGUACGUUGGGCUUAGGUUGUUGGCGUACUAUGUGUUCGCCGUACCUUUGUGCCUUGCCUUGCUGUGUACUGCAUCGCGUGCGGCCGUGAGAUCUCCAGAGUGCCCACCACCUACACUGAAAGUACUCAAGCUGAAUCUUCCUCUUCCCGUUUCUAUGAGCUUUCCAGCAGCAGUGACUGCCGGAUUCCGUUCUUCGCUGUGGUCACGUCGUUCACGAGGGGGCACCGCUGUACAGAUUCAGGUGGUUGAGAAGGAUACAUCAGUUGAUGCAUAUGCGGAUACAUUUGACACCGCAAUGGCUGCCCACAGCGAUAUUUUUGCGGUAGUCAGUCAUUUCGGUGAUGGAUACUUACAGAAAGCCUUGCCUUCUCUAGAAAAGCAUAACGUGGUAUCUUUUGCCCCGUUCACCGGUUCACAUCGGGCACGCGGGUGGAACCGCUUCUUGUAUUUUGUGCGCGGCGAGCCUGCAGCGGAGCUCCUGGCGCUUAUCCGCUACACAGUUAAUUUUCUUCGUGUGAGGCGGCUAGGUUUCAUGUAUCUCAAAGGUGUGUCCUUUGGUGACGAUGAAUACGCACAGACCACACGGGUUAUCCGGAUGAUGGGCUACACGCUAUGUGGCGUGUUUACUCUAAACAGUUCUCUGAAGACUCCAAAUGAAGACGCUACUUUUGACGCUGCCUGGGAACCAUUUGUGACCACACGCCCGCAGGCUGUGCUUGUGUUUGGUUCCCCCAUAAAAGACACCGAGACCUUCAUUACGCGAAUGCUGACGGACAAACGCACCGCUAGUGUCUACAUCCUGGCUCCCUCAUUGCUACAAAAUAUGAUUAUAUCCAAAUGGCGUGAAGCUGAAACAAGUGGCGCCCCCUUUAUUCCAGGUCAGGUCAUUACGACAGGUACGAACCCACUUGCGAAGGACACACGAUACGAGGCCAUCAAACGCUUCCAGAGUGUGAUGCAGGAAUACCUUAAAAACAACGAGAAUAAGGGUUACAAUACCACCGAGCACUUUCUGGAGGACGAUACCGACGGUGAAAUGAUGGUUGCUGGUUGGAUUGCCGGUGAGGUGCUAUCGCAGGCGACGGACAACCCUGAAUGCGCAAGGACCAAAACAGCGUUUUCGAGAUGCCUCUUCACCCAACGCCGGUAUUUGAUCGAUGAUCUUGUUAUCGGUGACUACGGUGAUGAGUGCAGUGCUAUUGCUGAGUCGCAGGGUGCUAUCUGCCGCUGCAAUCAGGGUGGGCGGACGGUCUACAUGAAGCGUCUUGUGAAGGGGUUCCGCGCUGAGGUGAUAAAAGAAGGGACACUUACAUUAAAAUCAAGUGAGUGCCAGGCAUACAAACUUAAUCUAUUGCCUCCGCUGUGUGUAAGUACUCUAAUGUUGGAGGACAGUCCUGUUGCGCUACGUGCAGCUCGAUGCAUGAGAACGGUAUUGAAUGAAAAUUUGAUCUUUGACGACUCCAGUGGUGGCGACGUAUUCUUUUCAAUUAAGGCACUUCGCUCAACGCAGGAUACUGCACGCGAUGCAUUAUUGAAGGAAAUCGAGAAACGAUACAUUCACGUUGUUGGUGGUGUCACUACGGAGUCUCUACUUGAAUUCCAGAAUGUGACGUUCAUUGAUCCGUUGCUUCUUGAACCACGGCUGAACACUUUUCGCCGGCACGUUAUCCGCCUGUCCCCGACGCUGGAGCAGGAUUUCUUUGUGCUUGCGCAGUACCUUGGCAGCACG